UUCUCUCUCCGAGCAACAGCUACAUAAGAUCCGCGCCUUUAUAAGCUUCUUUCAGUAUGUCUUUAAAGCUCAUCACUCUGCUAGCGGUGGUCGUCGCUGUGGUCAGUUAUCCUGACGUCUACGAGCCAGCAUACAAACCGGAGCCUCUGCCGUACUACUUCAACUACGACGUCCACGACGACUACAAAGGAACGCACUUCGACAGGAACGAGAAAUCCGACGGCAAGGCUCUGCACGGCUCCUACACAGUCGCCCUUCCAGAUGGCCGCAAACAACAUGUGGAAUACAAGGCCGAUCACUACAAGGGCUACGUGGCCAAGGUCAGCUACUACGGCAAGGCCAAGCACCCCAAGUACUAUGGCCCCGCCAUCACCUUCAAGCACAAGGGGGAUUACCACUAAGUGCAACCAUGUUGUUAUAGCUAGUUGUUUUGCUUUUGUUUUUCAAUACCACCAAUAAAAAUGACAAUGAUAUACCCA